AUGUCUGAAUCAGAAAGACUUUUACAAAAUGAAGCUGGACCAUCUGAGGGCACAGAAAGGGGUGAAGGUGAUGCACCACCAGCUGCAUCCGUAUCUGAACGGGAAGCAUACUUUCAAGCCCUUCGAUUAUGGAUCCAGCAGGCACAAAUGUAUCAGAACCUAUCCACUUGUUUUCCUUACUAUAUGAUGUCAUUUCAAGGCUUACAAAAUAAUGCUACUAAUGUACCUCUUUUGAAUAACAACUAUCAGUUUCAAAUGCCCUUUCAAGUUCCCAAUGCGCCUCGGAACGCUCCAGAAACACAGCCGCAGCCCGAAACACUCACUCCUGCUGAAGUGAUAGCUCGCCAUGGUGGAUUUGAGUAUGUAAUACCACCUUUACACAAGCGCCUUGUUGCUGAAUUCAUUGACUUCAUGCUCCUGUUUAUUGUAAAACUAAUAGUGACCUUCAUGGCAGUGGAUAUGUUUGAAUUGAUUGACCUUGACAAGUUUGAUUUCUACAAGUUCAGCGAGCACUAUGAUGACUACAAGUAUGCAAUGGAGUUGACAUCUGAGAUACUAUUUCUUGAAGUCAUUUACAGAAUAUUGGUGUGCAUAUUCGAGGCUUUCUGCUUGUCCAGUAGUGUGGGACGAACAGGCGGCGCGACUCCCGGCAAGGCAUUACUUGGUAUCCGCGUAGUGACGGCGUCUGCCGUCAUACCUGUGGAGGGUCGACCUAGGGAGACUGUUCUCCUAUACCCUGGCCGAACACUUUCUUUCACUGUGGCACUGAUCAGGUCACUAAUGAAAAACUUCCUUAUUUCCCUACUAUUUCCUCUCUGUGUGGUACUCUUUGUAUUUCGCCACAACCGCACCGGCUAUGAUUUACUCUGUGGAGUUAUUGUCGUUGAAGAAAACAUGUACCCACCAAGGCGUCAUGCUCCAUGA